AUGGAGCAGAACAAGUCUCAGAAACAGUUCAAAGAAAACACUCAGCAAUUUCAAGCUUCGGAGCGUGCACCGGGGUUUGACAUAACUGCCUGCGUCGAAGAACGGCGAGAAGACACGCGCAAAAACGUUCCUGUUACAACUAUAUGGAAUAGCGCUCAUGUUGCCGAACAGAAGGAAUUGUUGGAAGAGAUGGAACCAGUCAUUCCUUCUCCUAUCGCAAGACCUACUCCAGGAUCCAUAUCUGUAGCUUCAUGUUCUCCUUCGACGUACCACGAUUUAGUCAGGAGGCAGGUUGUUGAGCUUCCGGUUUCGCUCUCUUCUAGCCAUCCUAUUUGCGCUGAAAAGUACGACUUCACCUUUGAUCCACGCCUUCAUGAGGUUCCUUUUACAAGUAUUAUGUGA